AGUCUUCCCUUUCACUAACUUGGAAUGGUUUCAGAUCGUCAGCACCCGCGCGUAGCCCAAGCAGCCGCCGUCCCUCCGCGAGCCUGUCGGAUCGAUGUCGCUCUGACCUCCGCCGUUCCCCGGUUACGCACGCAGUGACCAGUAGAAGAGCAAUGUAAGCAGUGGUUUUAGAACUUGGCUGUACCAAUGAGGCUGUUUAAAUUUCGCUCAGAUAUCCAGUACCCACAGAGCUCUACAUAUUUCAUAAGCCACAGGACUGGCUUAAAGAUGCAGUGGAACCCAGAGCAUGCACAGUGGGCAGAGCAGCACUUCGACAUCUCCUCAACGACCCGCUCACCAGCCCACAAAGCUGAGGCAUAUCGCGGGCACCUGCAGAGGACCUACCAGUAUGCAUGGGCCAACGAUGACAUCUCUGCUCUCACCGCCUCCAACCUCCUGAAGAAAUAUGCUGAAAAGUACUCUGGGAUCCUGGAGGGUCCCAGUGAGAGGGCACUGCUGUGCUCAUAUUCAGAGAGUGCCCCAGGACUUCUUAACGGACGCAAGUCCGAAAGCGAAGUAUGGCAAGAGGGCAUCUACCCCAUGAACUGCACCGCAGAUGUGAUAUCUGCAAGCAAGGUUGUAGUGCCAGCUGCUUUACCAUCAGCAGACAGUGCAGCCAACAUUGGCAGCUCAUCAGGGGUGGCAAGCAGCCUGAGUGAACCCAGCUACUCCAGUAGCAGUUGUGGGAGCCAUACGCCUGCUGCCCUGCACUCGGGGAUCCCUUCUCAGGAGUUUGCGAGUGGCUACAAUGGCACUUACCUGCAUUCCACCUAUAGUGGUGGGCAAAAUACCCCAGCCCUACCUUCCCCACAUCCCUCACCAUUGCACAGCAGUGGGCUUCUUCAGCCUCCUCCACCCCCUCCUCCUCCUCCUCCGACACUGGUGCCUAGCUAUAAUGCAGGUUCGCCUAACCUCUCCAGUUACAACUACCCUCCUACAGCAUAUACCCCCCAGGCUUCUGUUGCUCCAGGCUACAGCCCUGGAGGAGCCCCCGCUCCAUCAGCCUACUUGCCCUCAGGCAUUGCAGCUCCCACUCCACUACCCCCCUCUACCAUUCCCGGCUAUUCCUACCAGUCCCACAACCAUGCGCCUAUUGCACCAACACCUUUGAAUGGCAGCUCAGCCAACUCACUGAAAAGAAAAGCUUUCUACAUGACAGGACAAGGAGACCUGGACUCCAGUUAUGGAAAUUUCAGUUACAACCAACAGCGCUCAACUCAAAGUCCUAUGUACAGAAUGCCAGAUAGCAACCUUGCUGACUCAAGCAGAGGGAAUGGAUUUGACAGAAAUGCUGAUACCACGUCUUUGCCAUUUAAGCCUACAAAGCAGCCAAUGUCCUCAGAUCAACAGCGUAAAUUCAGCAGUCAGUCUGGCAGAGCUAUCACCCCUCCAUCCUAUGGUGCAUCCAAAGGUUCCAUGGGGUCAGUGAGAUCAGGCGAGUCUUUCGGAAAGUUCAGUUCACCUGUUAUGAAUGAGCACAACGAGGAGCACAGACAGCACUUGCCACAUUCCAUUGGCGCAGUUCCCUCAAGUGGCCACCCAGCUGAAGAGCAGCUAAAAAAUAGUGACUCCAGCUUGGUAGAGAUGGUCACCACAGAGGUCCUCCAGCAGAUGCCCCCUGUUGACUGGAGUGACAUUGUUGGGCUGGAGCUGGUCAAGGCUACUAUUAAAGAGGAGGUUUUGUGGCCCAUCCUGAGGCCAGACAUGUUCAGUGGUCUGUCACCGUUACCACGCAGCAUCCUUUUCUUUGGACCUCAGGGCACUGGGCGGACAUUGCUGGCACGCUGUGUGGCUAGCCAGCUGGGUGCUGCAUUCCUUCAGCUCAGUGGAUCAGCACUAGUUAGUAAGUGGCUGGGGGAGGGCGAGAAGGUGGUGCAGGCUUCAUUUCUUGUAGCUCGCUGCCGACAACCUUCAGUAAUAUUUGUUAGUGAUGUAGAUCUCUUACUCUCACCACAGCUAAAUGAGGAAAGCCCAGUAAAUCGUAUAAAGAGUGAACUUCUCCUUCAACUGGAUGGAGUGCUCAGCUCAACAGAAGACCAUGUCUUGGUCAUCUGUUCCACUAGCAAGCCUGAAGAAAUAGAUGAAGCUCUGCGUAGGUACUUUGUUAAGAGGCUGCUCAUCCCACUCCCAGACACCUCAGCACGACACCAACUCAUCAGUCAGGUGCUCUCCCAGCACAACUACUGCCUCAGUGAUAAAGAGGUAGCACUGCUUGUCCAACGGACAGAGGGAUUCUCGGGGUUAGACCUGGUACGUCUUUGCCAGGAAGCCAUUGUCGGACCCUUGCACAGCAUGCCUGGCACAGAACUGUCUGGAAUCAUGUCAGGGCAGAUGAGGCCACUAUCUUACCAAGACUUUGAAAAUGUCUUUUGCAAAAUCCAACCCAGCAUAUCACAGAAAGAACUGGACACAUACACUGAGUGGAACAAAAUGUUUGGCUGUAGUCAGUGAAAUGGGAGCUUGAGGGGGCCAUAUAGGGUGAUUUCUCCUUCUGUAAGGAGAAGACCCAAUUCAGAAUUCUUUGGGUGAAAAUUACAACAAUAAUGGGUGGGUAUUACUAAUGACCCUUAAAUAACAUCUGGAAUGACACUCUUAAAGACCGAAUUGAUGCAUAGUCAAUAUAAGGCCCUUUGCACAUAGUCUUACAGACCACAAUUUCGCUCAACACUGCUAAAGCUGAGCAUCACUUGCUGAAGAGCACUGUCACUGAAAUUACCACAAAGACAAAUUCCAUUGUGUGUGUGUGUGUGUGUGUG